AUGCGACCAACACGCCCGCUCGCCUUGUCCGUACGCCCGCCUCCUGGUCCUUCAGAAGCCCCGAUCCGGGCAGCUUCGACGAUGCGCGGGACCCUGAUCUCCUUCUUCUCUGUUCUCGGGUUGGCCUUGCCGACCUUCAUCUACUUCAAACGCAAGAACGAUCGCAAGGCGCGGGAGAUGUACGCCCAAACGAGGGUCAAGACCGGUGCCCUCUCGCAGAUGACGACUGGAGAGAAGAUCUGA